CUGACAGUCUGCGAGAUGUGGUUGUUUGGUGCACAGCUGAUCCUGGCGUCCUUGUAUGGUCUGGCCUCUGCGGACUCUUCUGUCCAGCCACCCGGCACAGGCGGGAAGGUUUUAUGGAACGCCACGUGGACGGAUCAGCUCAAACAUGACUUGCUGAUGAAAUAUGACAAGUUCGCUCGCCCCGCUCAGCAUACCAAUGUCACGUCGGUGACGUUCCAGCUCGUCAUCAAACACAUCGAGGUGGACGAGAUCAGAUCCCUGAUGGUGGUCAACGCUUGGUGCUCAUUUAUCUGGGUGGAUGAGAAACUGAAGUGGAACGAGAGUGACUACGGCGGCCUCACCAAGAUACACGUGGGAGACCACGAGAUAUGGCAGCCCGACGUUGUGUUAUACAAUAGUGCCAUAGGUAACUCCAUCGAUCACUAUGGCAACACUCACUGCCACGUACAGAUGGAUGGCACUGUCAUCUGGGUGCCACCCUCACAGUUCUCUGUAUACUGCGACAUCAAUCUCCGCAAAUGGCCUUACGACAGGCACACUUGCCGCCUGUACUUCGGCUCCUGGGUAUAUGAUGGGGAGCAGAUCUACCUGAAACGUCCAGAACACAAAUCUUCUCCAGAAGGGGAUACGGAGAUGGACCCAUGCGAGUGGACUGUUCUAUCUGUAGAGGAGAUAGAACACAAGAAGUACUACACGUGUUGCAGUGAGCCUUACUACAACAUCGAGGUUCUUAUCUCUGUAGAACGACGUAGCCCUACCUACGCUGGUGUUGUUUUCACUCCAGCUUUCGUUUGCGUGGUGCUGACCUUGUUGGUGUUCUGGUUACCGCCACCAGCCUCUGAGAAGUUCCUACUGAGCGGGGUCACCUCUGUCAUCAUCUGCAUGUUCCUGGCGUACUUCUCCCAGAAGCUUCCGGUCAUGGGCGCCCAUACACCACUUAUAGUGGAGUUCUACGCCUACAACCUGAUCCUGGUGUGCUUGUCGGUGGUGGUCUCUGUGGUGUCCGUGAGUCUCAGCAGGAGACCCAGGACCAGACCUGUGCCUUGGGCCAUUAACCAGCUGCUCAGCAGUCGCCUAGCGUCCUUCCUCGGCUUGGGUGACACGAAGAACAAGUUCAUGUCGAUGUACCCCAGACAAGACAGUGAGGAGUUACAUGAACGCUCCCUGGUGGACCGAGAUCGCACCGAGUCUGUGGACACGACCUCGCAGCAGAGCCUCAACUGUUCUCGAGAGUGGAUUCUCUUGGCAGCAGCUGUCGACAGGGUCAUGUUCUUCGUUUACCUUGCAAUCUUUAUUUUUAUGGCUUUAGCGUUUUACAUUUCAUAGCGUUAUGGAAGUUUUGUUAAUAAAUACGCAUUUGAAAUGCAAUUUGAAAUAAUGUGAAAGGGUUUGGAAGGACUUGUGAAAUUAGUUGAAUGUAUCGCAGUUUCAUUAGUUUUGAUGUUUAUGAUAGAAAAUGGCUUCAUAUGAUUUUAGAACAUUUCAUAUUUUUGGAUGUUACAUUGCGAAGCCUACUAAACAGUGAUAUAUGCCCUUGAAUUGAAGUUAAUUUAUAUAGAGUUUGAGGUAGAACAGUGUUCUUUUCACAAAUUAAUCAUUAUUAAUUACAAUGGUAUAAUGUAAAAGUGACAGCUUGUACUGAAUUAAUGAACUAAAAGUGUAAUUUGACUUUGAACUAUUUUAUUUUCAACGUAUUGUCUAUAAAACAAUAAUUUGUGAUAAUAGUUCGUCAUUAAAAAUGUAAAAAAAAUGAACUAAUAAAUAUCGACA